AUGGAAUUCUCAACAUUUUCAUUGUGCUUACCAAUGAUAAUCAAGUUCUUUGUCAAUAUUCUUGAGAAACCAUUACCUCAAGAAGAAGAUGAUGAUCCAUCAUUGAACCAAAACAAGAAAAGAAUAAUUCCAACGCUCGAGACACUAUUCAAUAUUUUAAGUACCGAGGAUGGAAAUGUUUUGAGAGCAUUGGCACCGUUUGUACAUCUAUUGGUUGAUCCACUUUGCAAAUUGGCCAUUUAUCCACUCCACAACUGUAUUCGAUCCGAAUCUCUUUCUUGUUUACCCUAUUGUCUUGAACUAUCCCAACUACACUCGGGUGCAAGUCAAGACAAGAAGACCAUGAAGAUGUUUAGCAAGAUACUCAAUGUAUCUCUUAGUGAUUCAUAUACCGACCUCGGCGUCAUUUCUUCCCUUAUUUCAGUUGUAAAUAGUGUCAUUUCAAUGAUGGGAGACGAUGCAAUGACACUGGAUCAAGUCCAAAUGACAUUGAACACAAUUGUAAAGAUGGAGAAAUGGUUAUUUUAUAUGGCAUAUCAAAUUUUGGAUUUCAAUGAAGAUGUCAUUGGCGACCAAGAUCCAAGAUUGAUGAUAGCUGCAAUAGUUGACUCGAUGUCUUGUCUCUAUUCGAGUAUGGCCGAUAUGAUCAAGUACAACAGCACCAUCACGGCACCACUAAUCACCGCUGGUAUCUUGGAAAAUCUUUGCAAGAUGAUCAACGGCACUGCGAUGACUCGGGUCAAGGUUGCUAUGAUGGACUUUAUAACAGACUAUUGCUAUUAUGGUGGUGAGUUUGCACUAAACUCGUUGCCACUAUUCAUACCAACCCUCAUCAAGCAUCUGAAACAAAGCAGAGACUAUACAAGGAUCAAGUCAGCCAUGGUAUUGGCAGCUGCAAAGGUAGCCAAAGAAAGAUUAUCACCUUGGUUAACACAACUGGUACAGGGUAUGGACACCAUGAUCUCUCAAACAUCAUUCCCAGAUCUGAACAAGGUUGAAACAGAUGAGAUCAUCUAUAGUACUGGACAAAUAAUUCUAUUAGUCCCACCAACAGAUUCCUCCAGAAUCCUCAACACAAUCAUUCCAAAAUGGUUAAAUAAUCUUCCCAGAUCCAUCAUUGUCGACGAUGCAUUCGAAGAAGAUUACAGGGACCACAUCUCUAAAACCUUUUGUUCCGUUGUCAAAACCCACACCAACAAAUGUCUCGGUCAACAGUACCAACAUGUUGUCCAACUAUACCAAAUCAUCACAGGAUUUAUGGAAAUCUGUGCUCCACCAGAAAUUGAACUUCUCACUGAAACUUGGUCAUUGAUCAAAGAUACAUAUCUUGAAAGUUGGGAUCAAGUACCAUCAUUGACAAGAAAUGUAUUAUCAAAAUUGAAAUAA